UGCCAGCCCAGUGUGUGUUGUGUCGUGCCCUGGGUCCAGGUGCCAGCCCAGUGGUGUCGUGUUGUGUUGGCGUGCCCCUGGGUCCAGGUGCCAGCCCAGUGUGUGUUUGUGUCGUGCCCUGGGUCCAGGUGCCAGCCCAGUGUGUGUGUUGUGUCGUGCCCUGGGUCCAGGUGCCAGCCCAGUGUGUGUUGUGUCGUGCCCUGGGUCCAGGUGCCAGCCCGGGUCCAGGUGCCAGCCCGGGUCCAGGUGCCAGCCCGGGUCCAGGUGCCAGCCCAGUGUGUGUUGUGUCGUGCCCUGGGUCCAGGUGCCAGCCCAGUGUGUGUUGUGUCGUGCCCUGGGUCCAGGUGCCAGCCCAGUGUGUGUUGUGUCGUGCCCUGGGUCCAGGUGCCAGCCCAGUGUGUGUUGUGUCGUGCCCUGGGUCCAGGUGCCAGCCCAGGUGUGUUGUGUCGUGCCCUGGGUCCAGGUGCCAGCCCAGUGUGUGUUGUGUCGUGCCCUGGGUCCAGGGUGCCAUCCCAGUGUGUGUUGUGUCGUGCCCUGGGUCCAGGUGCCAGCCCAGUGUGUGUUGUGUCGUGCCCUGGGUCCAGGUGCCAGCCCAGUGUGUGGUUGUGUCGUGCCCUGGGUCCAGGUGCCAGCCCAGUGUGUGUUGUGUCGUGCCCUGGGUCCAGGUGCCAGCCCAGUGUGUGUUGUGUCGUGCCCUGGGUCCAGGUGCCAGCCCAGUGUGUGUUGUGUCGUGCCCUGGGUCCAGGUGCCAGCCCAGUGUGUGUUGUGUCGUGCCCUGGGUCCAGGUGCCAGCCCAGUGUGUGUUGUGGUCGUGCCUGGGUCCAGGUGCCAGCCCAGUGUGUGUUGUGUCGUGCCCUGGGUCCAGGUGCCAGCCCAGUGUGUGUUGUGUCGUGCCCUGGGUCCAGGUGCCAGCCCGGGUCCAGGUGCCGCCCGGGUCCAGGUGCCAGCCCAGUGUGUGUUGUGUCGUGCCCUGGGUCCAGGUGCCAGCCCGGGUCCAGGUGCCAGCCCGGGUCCAGGUGCCAGCCCAGUGUGUGUUGUGUCGUGCCCUGGGUCCAGGUGCCAGCCCAGUGUGUGUUGUGUCGUGCCCUGGGUCCAGGUGCCAGCCCGGGUCCAGGUGCCAGCCCGUGUGUGUUGUGUCGUGCCCUGGCUUUUCUUGUGUGCAUGAAAGAGAACAUGUGGCUUGAGUCUGCUUCUCAGUCAUCUGUUGCAUCAUUGUGGAUGUCUUAAAGCUAUUGAUAACACUUUCAACUGUCUAGAAACUCUCUCUACCACACACCUAUGAUCAGUAUCAGGAAAAGCGUUUACUCACAGAGCACUGAUUUAGUGAUCAGUAUCAGAGGGAAGUUGACUGUGUAGCUAAAAAAACGACAAGUAAACAUUGGUCUGCCGCCUUUGCUUCUGAUGCCAUAGAUACUGCAAGGUUCCCUGCCAUGUUCUGUUAAUGUGAUGCCACAGAUCCUGCAAGGUUCCCUGCCAUGUUCUGUUAAUGUGAUGCCACAGAUCCUGCAAGGUUCCCUGCCAUGUUCUGUUAAUGUGAUGCCACAGAUACUGCAAGGUUCCCUGCCAUGUGCUGUUAAUGUGAUGCCACAGAUACUGCAAGGUUCCCUCGCCAUGUGCUGUUAAUGUGAUGCCACAGAUCCUGCAAGGUUCCCUGCCAUGUUCUGUUAAUGUGAUGCCACAGAUCCUGCAAGGCUCCCUGCCAUGUGCUGUUAAUGUGAUGCCACAGAUAAUGCAAGGCUCCCUGCCAUGUUCUGUUAAUGUGCUUGAAAUGCUUAUGUACAGUAUUCAUAUGAAGUUCUUCAGGAACUGGAUUUAAACCAUAUAGCCUGGUCCAAGGUCAGUUUGUGCUCUUGCCGACUCCAUUUCUGUCAUUGUCAAGCCAAACAUGUUUGGUAUGAUGAUUCCAUGAGUUAGUUGACAAGAGAGCAGAAACACACUGGCACCAGGCUAGGUUCCACCUAUAGAACAUAAAGAAGCUGUGUUGUGACUGAGCCCUAUCCAACUUUCUGGCCGGAGCAGCCUGCUAUCAGUCAACCAACCAAUCAAUCAAUCCUCCCAGGUGCGAGAGCUUCGUGAGAAGGCGGAGACCUACAGACAGAGGGCGUGGGGGACCCAUUUCUCCCGUCUCCACUUCAACCAGAUCCUGUCGGACCAGAACCAGCUGUGGGAAGCCUCCACCCCUUCGUCCUCCGACCUCACCUCUGGGACAGGGUCAGGGGACGGGGAGGACCACAGCGGGAGCCCUACCAUCCAGGCUCUGGACCUCGCUAGGUGAGGGGAGAGAGAGACCACAGAGCUGGCUAUAGCAUGACAUUAGCAUGUCUUUAAGUUUGGGUUGGAUGAAGUAGUCUGUCUGUCUCAGGGUUUCCCGUAGAUGGGAUGCAACUUUAGGCCUCAAAAUCGGGCCUCUGCAGGCGUAGAAUUAAAUUGAAAUCAAGUGUAGCCAAGUGAUUUGACUUAGAAGCAGAGCCACAUAUUUCUGGGUAGAAGCCGCAGAGCUAGCUGGGUGGUUGCCCCACCUAAACUCUAAUGCUGAGAGUCCUAUAUUGGGGUUAUAAUAGAUCUGACCUAUUAAGGUCAUGUUCACUGUGUGUCCCUCUCCCUCCUCCUCUCCCUGUGUGUCUGUAGGGUUGACAGUAGCUCCAGCUACAAAGCCGGACCCCCUGCCUCCCUCACCCCCGUGUCCAGCAGAAGGAACUCCACCAGGGGGGCUGGGGACACAGCAGGCCCCCCUGGUCAGCCUGACCCUGGAACCCCCACCCUGCCUGUUCAGAGGAGACUAGCCUGGGAGGAGGAGACAGGGGCUGGGGGUGGAGGGGGGGAGGAGGAGGAGGAGACAGGGGCUGGGGGUGGACCGGGGGAGGAGGAGGAGGAGGAGAACAGAGAGGAAGAAGAGGAGAAGGAGAGAAAAGUUGAGAGAAAGGAUGAGUAUGUUUCAUUCCUUCUCCAUUUCCAGUUGAUUUCUGCUUUCACUGAGUGGUCAGUUGUGUUACCUCCACUCUGUUCUUAUCCAUAUUGGAGACGGUCAGUUCUGUUACCUCCACUCUGUUUUUAUCCAUAUUGGAGACGGUCAGUUCUGUUACCUCCACUCUGUUUUUAUCCAUAUUGGAGACGGUCAGUUCUGUUACCUCCACUCUGUUUUUAUCCAUAUUGGAGACGGUCAGUUGUGUUACCUCCACUCUGUUUUUAUCCAUAUUGGAGACGGUCAGUUCUGUUACCUCCACUCUGUUUUUUAUCCAUAUUGAUGACAGUCAUCAUUUUGUUACUUUUUUCAGGAGCUACCAUUUUUAGAGACCACAGAGUUGCGUUGCCUCACUGCAUGUUGAUUCAACACACUGUGAUUCUGUCUGUGUCACGAAUUCCGCCGGGGCUGCCCCUCCUCUUUGCUCGGGCAGGUUUCGGCGUUCGUCGUCACCGGCUUACUAGCCACUGCCGCUCCAUUUAUCAUCACUCCAUUGGUCUUGUCUUGUCAAUCACACACACCUGGUUCUUAUCCCCUCAUUAGUCCAUGUAUAAGUGUUCCCUCUGCCCCCUUGUCCUUGUGGGUGAUUGUUCAUUGUGAGAGUAGUGUAGCUCGGUGGAGCUCCUUGUACAUUGUAUUUACCAGGGUAGAUAUUUCCCCUGUGCCUGUUUAUUGUUGGAGAUAUCGUUACAUUGUAUUUACCAGGGUAGAUAUUUCCCCUGUGCCUGUUUAUUGUUGGAGCUAUCGUUACAUUGUAUUUGCCAGGGUAGAUAUUUCUCCUGUGCCUGUUUAUUGUUGGAGCUAUCGUUACAUUGUAUUUACCAGGGUAGAUAUUUCCCCCGUGCCUGUUUAUUGUUGGAGCUAUCGUUACAUUGUAUUUACCAGGGUAGAUAUUUCCCCUGUGCCUGUUUAUUGUUGGAGCUAUCGUUACAUUGUAUUUACCAGGGUAGAUAUUUCCCCUGUGCCUGUUUAUUGUUGGAGCUAUCGUUACAUUGUAUUUACCAGGGUAGAUAUUUCCCCAGUGCCUGUUUAUUGUUGGAGCUAUCGUUACAUUGUAUUUACCAGGGUAGAUAUUUCCCCGUGCCUGUUUAUUGUUGGAGCUAUCGUUACAUUGUAUUUACCAGGGUAGAUAUUUCCCCUGUGCCUGUUUAUUGUUGGAGCUAUCGUUACAUUGUAUUUACCAGGGUAGAUAUUUCCCCUGUGCCUGUUUAUUGUUGGAGCUAUCGUUACAUUGUAUUUACCAGGGUAGAUAUUUCCCCUGUGCCUGUUUAUUGUUGGAGCUACCGUUACAUUGUAUUUACCAGGGUAGAUAUUUCCCCUGUGCCUGUUUAUUGUUGGAGAUAUCGUUACAUUGUAUUUACCAGGGUAGAUAUUUCCCCCGUGCCUGUUUAUUGUUGGAGAUAUCGUUACAUUGUAUUUACCAGGGUAGAUAUUUCCCCCGUGCCUGUUUAUUGUUGGAGAUAUCGUUACAUUGUAUUUACCAGGGUAGAUAUUUCCCCUGUGCCUGUUUAUUGUUGGAGCUAUCGUUACAUUGUAUUUACCAGGGUAGAUAUUUCCCCUGUGCCUGUUUAUUGUUGGAGAUAUCGUUACAUUGUAUUUACCAGGGUAGAUAUUUCCCCCGUGCCUGUUUAUUGUUGGAGCUAUCGUUACAUUGUAUUUACCAGGGUAGAUAUUUCCCCCGUGCCUGUUUAUUGUUGGAGCUAUCGUUACAUUGUAUUUACCAGGGUAGAUAUUUCCCCUGUGCCUGUUUAUUGUUGGAGCUAUCGUUACAUUGUAUUUACCAGGGUAGAUAUUUCCCCUGUGCCUGUUUAUUGUUGGAGCUAUCGUUACAUUGUAUUUACCAGGGUAGAUAUUUCCCCUGUGCCUGUUUAUUGUUGGAGCUAUCGUUACAUUGUAUUACCAGGGUAGAUAUUUCCCCUGUGCCUGUUUAUUGUUGGAGAUAUCGUUACAUUGUAUUUACCAGGGUAGAUAUUUCCCCCGUGCCUGUUUAUUGUUGGAGCUAUCGUUACAUUGUAUUUACCAGGGUAGAUAUUUCCCCCGUGCCUGUUUAUUGUUGGAGCUAUCGUUACAUUGUAUUUACCAGGGUAGAUAUUUCCCCUGUGCCUGUUUAUUGUUGGAGCUAUCGUUACAUUGUAUUUACCAGGGUAGAUAUUUCCCCCGUGCCUGUUUAUUGUUGGAGCUAUCGUUACAUUGUAUUUACCAGGGUAGAUAUUUCCCCCGUGCCUGUUUAUUGUUGGAGCUAUCGUUACAUUGUAUUUACCAGGGUAGAUAUUUCCCCCGUGCCUGUUUAUUGUUGGAGAUAUCGUUACAUUGUAUUUACCAGGGUAGAUAUUUCCCCCGUGCCUGUUUAUUGUUGGAGAUAUCGUUACAUUGUAUUUACCAGGGUAGAUAUUUCCCCUGUGCCUGUUUAUUGUUGGAGCUAUCGUUACAUUGUAUUUACCAGGGUAGAUAUUUCCCCCGUGCCUGUUUAUUGUUGGAGCUAUCGUUACAUUGUAUUUACCAGGGUAGAUAUUUCCCCCGUGCCUGUUUAUUGUUGGAGAUAUCGUUACAUUGUAUUUACCAGGGUAGAUAUUUCCCCUGUGCCUGUUUAUUGUUGGAGCUAUCGUUACAUUGUAUUUACCAGGGUAGAUAUUUCCCCGUGCCUGUUUAUUGUUGGAGCUAUCGUUACAUUGUAUUUACCAGGGUAGAUAUUUCCCCCGUGCCUGUUUAUUGUUGGAGAUAUCGUUACAUUGUAUUUAUCAGGGUAGAUAUUUCCCCUGUGCCUGUUUAUUGUUGGAGCUAUCGUUACAUUGUAUUUACCAGGGUAGAUAUUUCCCCCGUGCCUGUUUAUUGUUGGAGAUAUCGUUACAUUGUAUUUAUCAGGGUAGAUAUUUCCCCUGUGCCUGUUUAUUGUUGGAGCUAUCGUUACAUUGUAUUUACCAGGGUAGAUAUUUCCCCCGUGCCUGUUUAUUGUUGGAGCUAUCGUUACAUUGUAUUUACCAGGGUAGAUAUUUCCCCCGUGCCUGUUUAUUGUUGGAGAUAUCGUUACAUUGUAUUUACCAGGGUAGAUAGUUCCCCCCGUGCCUGUUUAUUGUUGGAGAUAUCGUUACAUUGUAUUUACCAGGGUAGAUAUUUCCCCCGUGCCUGUUUUAUUGUUGGAGCUAUCGUUACAUUGUAUUUACCAGGGUAGAUAUUUCCCCCUGUGCCUGUUUAUUGUUGGAGCUAUCGUUACAUUGUAUUUACCAGGGUAGAUAUUUCCCCCGUGCCUGUUUAUUGUUGGAGCUAUCGUUACAUUGUAUUUACCAGGGUAGAUAUUUCCCCUGUGCCUGUUUAUUGUUGGAGAUAUCGUUACAUUGUAUUUACCAGGGUAGAUAUUUCCCCUGUGCCUGUUUAUUGUUGGAGAUAUCGUUACAUUGUAUUUACCAGGGUAGAUAUUUCCCCUGUGCCUGUUUAUUGUUGGAGAUAUCGUUACAUUGUAUUUACCAGGGUAGAUAUUUCCCCUGUGCCUGUUUAUUGUUGGAGAUAUCGUUACAUUGUAUUUACCAGGGUAGAUAUUUCCCCCGUGCCUGUUUAUUGUUGGAGCUAUCGUUACAUUGUAUUUACCAGGGUAGAUAUUUCCCCCGUGCCUGUUUAUUGUUGGAGAUAUCGUUACAUUGUAUUUACCAGGGUAGAUAUUUCCCCUGUGCCUGUUUAUUGUUGGAGCUAUCGUUACAUUGUAUUUACCAGGUUAGAUAUUUCCCCCGUGCCUGUUUAUUGUUGGAGAUAUCGUUACAUUGUAUUUAUCAGGGUAGAUAUUUCCCCUGUGCCUGUUUAUUGUUGGAGAUAUCGUUACAUUGUAUUUACCAGGGUAGAUAUUUCCCCCGUGCCUGUUUAUUGUUGGAGCUAUCGUUACAUUGUAUUUACCAGGGUAGAUAUUUCCCCCGUGCCUGUUUAUUGUUGGAGAUAUCGUUACAUUGUAUUUAUCAGGGUAGAUAUUUCCCCCGUGCCUGUUUAUUGUUGGAGAUAUCGUUACAUUGUAUUUAUCAGGGUAGAUAUUUCCCCUGUGCCUGUUUAUUGUUGGAGAUAUCGUUACAUUGUAUUUACCAGGGUAGAUAUUUCCCCCGUGCCUGUUUAUUGUUGGAGCUAUCGUUACAUUGUAUUUACCAGGGUAGAUAUUUCCCCCGUGCCUGUUUAUUGUUGGAGAUAUCGUUACAUUGUAUUUAUCAGGGUAGAUAUUUCCCCCGUGCCUGUUUAUUGUUGGAGAUAUCGUUACAUUGUAUUUAUCAGGGUAGAUAUUUCCCCUGUGCCUGUUUAUUGUUGGAGAUAUCGUUACAUUGUAUUUACCAGGGUAGAUAUUUCCCCCGUGCCUGUUUAUUGUUGGAGCUAUCGUUACAUUGUAUUUACCAGGGUAGAUAUUUCCCCUGUGCCUGUUUAUUGUUGGAGCUAUCGUUACAUUGUAUUUACCAGGGUAGAUAUUUCCCCCGUGCCUGUUUAUUGUUGGAGCUAUCGUUACAUUGUAUUUACCAGGGUAGAUAUUUCCCCCGUGCCUGUUUAUUGUUGGAGCUAUCGUUACAUUGUAUUUACCAGGGUAGAUAUUUUCCCUGUGCCUGUUUAUUGUUGGAGCUAUCGUUACAUUGUAUUUACCAGGGUAGAUAUUUCCCCUGUGCCUGUUUAUUGUUGGAGCUAUCGUUACAUUGUAUUUACCAGGGUAGAUAUUUCCCCUGUGCCUGUUUAUUGUUGGAGCUAUCGUUACAUUGUAUUUACCAGGGUAGAUAUUUCCCCUGUGCCUGUUUAUUGUUGGAGCUAUCGUUACAUUGUAUUUACCAGGGUAGAUAUUUCCCCCGUGCCUGUUUAUUGUUGGAGCUAUCGUUACAUUGUAUUUACCAGGGUAGAUAUUUUCCCUGUGCCUGUUUAUUGUUGGAGCUAUCGUUACAUUGUAUUUACCAGGGUAGAUAUUUCCCCUGUGCCUGUUUAUUGUUGGAGCUAUCGUUACAUUGUAUUUACCCUGUUUCGUUUUUGUCGCUAUCCAGUGCUUUUGUGUACGACUGAAUAAACUCUGCAUUCGGGGAUUUCCCUCCUGCGCCUGACUCAUUUGAUCACACUCAUCACAGUCUGUCUGUCUGUCUGUCUGUCUGUCUGUCUGUCUGUCUGUCUGUCUGUCUGUCUGUCUGUCUGUCUGUCUGUCUGUCUGUCUGUCUGUCUGUCUGUCUGUCUGUCUGUCUGUCUGUCUGUCUGUCUGUCUGCCUGCCUGCCUGCCUGCCUGCCUGCCUGUCUGUCUGCCUGCCUGCCUGCCUGCCUGCCUGCCUGCCUGCCUGCCUGCCUGCCUGCCUGCCUGUCUAUCUGUCUGUCUGUCUGUCUGUCUGUGUUCUAGGCUGAGGGUUCUGGACCAUCUGCGUCCGUCGUCUGUAGCAGUCUCCCACAGCUCCAGAGAGGAUGGUAGGAUGCCCACCCCCACACUGCAAAGGAUCGCUACUGUUCAGAGAACUCACCACGACCUGACGACUCCAGCCACUGGUAACCUAGCAAAUAUAUUGUUGACAUAUUUUUUUCUAUAUUUUUAGUUUUUGUGACCAACUUUGUAUUCAAUUUUUUUUUUUUUGAGAGGGGUUACUGGUACAAAAACAAUCAAAUACAUUUAUCCAGGGGCAGUGUGUGGUCCGGCCCAGUCUGGGUUUAUCUCCAGGGGCCUCCAGGGGCAGUGUGUGGUCCGGCCCAGUCUGGGUUUAUCUCCAGGGGCCUCCAGGGGCAGUGUGUGGUCCGGCCCAGUCUGGGUUUAUCUCCAGGGGCCUCCAGGGGCAGUGUGUGGUCCGGCCCAGUUUGUCUCCAGGGGCCUCCAGGGGCAGUGUUUGGUCCGGCCCAGUUUGUCUCCAGGGGCAAUGUGAACCAGGUCAUAGUGGAAACAAACCAACUAACUACUGUGUUGAGGCAGUUUCACCAUGACCAUGAACUAGGUGAUAGUGGAAACAAACCAACGUCAGACUCGUCAUCUUCCCACCGUAGCUUGCAUCCAGCCUACACUUUCUCAAAACCUCUGAUCUUCACAGACAAAUCACAGUUCAGUCAUGGGUCAGGUCAAUAUUAUACACCAAACUCACUAUUUUCUACAUUUUACAUGACAAGUGAGUCAUUUAACAGAUACUCUUAUCCAGAGCAUUUUACAGACAGUACCAUUCAGUUUAGUAGAAAAACAACCACAUAUCACAGUGGUGUGGUCCUCUGUAGCUCAGCUGGUAGAGCACGGCGCUUGUAACGCCAAGGUAGUGGGUUCGAUCCCCGGGACCACCCAUACACAAAAAUGUAUGCACGCAUGACUGUAAGUCGCUUUGGAUAAAAGCGUCUGCUAAAUGGCAUAUUAUAUUAUUAUUAUUACAGUCAUAUGACAGUAAAGUUCAAAGCAUGGUUCAUUACUUCUGUUCUGUGUUGAAUUGAAGAAAAAAAAAACGUUAUUGAUCGCCAGAGGUUUAAAUGUGAUAACCCUUUGUCUGUUGUCUGUCAGGAGGUGCUAUCCUGGUGUCUCCUCCUAAGAUGAAGGAGGCUGAUGGUCGGGUGAGGAGAAGUGAACCUCCGUUGGGUAAACCCCGUCCCCCCUUUAAACACCUCUCUCUGGACUCCCCACAACGAGCAGCCAGACAGGUACCAACUACACCACUGGAUAUUGGGAUAGUGGGAAGAGCUUCUCCUUGGUGAGAAGAUACAUCUAGUAUUUAUAGGCAGGGUUACUGUAAGGAGAAGAUACAUCUAGUAUUUAUAGGCAGGGUUACUGUAAGGAGAAGAUACAUCUAGUAUUUAUAGGCAGGGUUACUGUAAGGAGAAGAUACAUCUAGUAUUUAUAGGCAGGGUUACUGUAAGGAGAAGAUACAUCUAGUAUUUAUAGGCAGGGUUACUGUAAGGAGAAGAUACAUCUAGUAUUUAUAGGCAGGGUUACUGUAAGGAGAAGAUACAUCUAGUAUUUAUAGGCAGGGUUACUGUAAGGAGAGGAUACAUCUAGUAUUUAUAGGCAGGGUUACUGUAAGGAGAAGAUACAUCUAGUAUUUAUAGGCAGGGUUACUGUAAGGAGAAGAUACAUCUAGUAUUUAUAGGCAGGGUUACUGUAAGGAGAAGAUACAUCUAGUAUUUAUAGGCAGGGUUACUGUAAGGAGAAGAUACAUCUAGUAUUUAUAGGCAGGGUUACUGUAAGGAGAGGAUACAUCUAGUAUUUAUAGGCAGGGUUACUGUAAGGAGAGGAUACAUCUAGUAUUUAUAGGCAGGGUUACUGUAAGGAGAAGAUACAUCUAGUAUUUAUAGGCAGGGUUACUGUAAAAGCACGUUGUGAUAACUGCUGUGCUGAUAUAAAAAGCUUUAUAAAAUCGAUUUGAUUGAUUGAUUGUAUUUGCUAGUGUUUCGACUAAGAUAAGAACAUUUUUACUUGGCUGGUUGUAUGCCUUAUGUUUUGUCAAUGCUAUUUUUUUGGGGGGAGUAUAUCUGUUGUUAUAGGUGCCUCUAGUCUUGUUAGUUAGUGAAUCUGAUGUUGUGUCUCUAUCAGAAUGAGGAGCGGAACCAGCCCCUUUCCUCUCCAGCAGCAGGGGUGACCACUGUGGACCCCCUCCCCCUGAGAGAGGACUCCUGGUCGGGGGAGACCUCUCCAGAGAACCCCCCUGAUCCUCCACCAGAGGCCAAACCCUCCCGUAAACGCACCACCAGCGGACGACCACACGCCGCCGUCCCUCCACCUGUUAACCGCAUCCAGGGGAUGCUCAGAGACCCAGAGUUCCAACAUAAUGGUAAAUAUCCUUAAGACCACUAUCACUACAAACGGCCUCAGCAGUUUAACUGAAAAUACAAAUAGCAUUGGUUUUUGACUGAUCAAAACCUAUUUUACAUUACUGGCAUUUGGGAUGCUGCAUCUGCAACUUUAAUUCAAACUGUGUGACGUUGUCGCAUCACAUCAUCACCAUAUAGUUAUGGGCCAAUCAAAACACUGCAUUCUGCCUCAUCAAAGACAGUUUAGUGAGAAUGAAAUGAACAUAUAAAUGUGACAAUGAGCAUCAUUUACCGUCGAUGGGAGGUGUGUGAGUGUGUGUCAGGUUUCCGUCAUCACUACAGUAUAUAGGUCAGUCUGUUUGACUGAGUCCCUGUGGGGUGUGGUCGCUCUCGCUCUCUCUCUACUGCUGAGACAUCGUUACAGUUUGUGGCUUUUCUCAGCAUAUUCUACCGUUGCGUAACAAAAAACCUGGUCCCAGAUCUGUUUGGACUGUCCUGCCAAGUUGCCACGUCCAGGUUAGGUUAUGUAAGUAGCCUGUAUCUGUUUGGGUUGACUUGCCACGUGCCGUCUUGCAAACUUGAUGCUGUCUCACCAACAGAUCUGACACCAGGCUACCUGUUGAAUAACAUAACCAGGACGUGAGAAGGAAACAGAGUUGUAGUCCGGUCCUCAUUCCUUCCUUCCCGCCAGACCAGAUAUUGUUUAGUAUUGUAGUUCCUAGCUGCUUCUUUCUCCUCAAGACAAAAGAUACAGAAGCCGAUGCCAGAGGAUCACAACUGGGGGAAAUCCCUUUUUCUCCAGAGUCCUUCAACUCUUUCUCUUCCUCUCGUCUCCCUCCAUUCCACCUGGGGUAGAAUGAGGUAAAAACACCUGGGGUAAAAACACCUAGGGUAGAAACACCUGAGGUAGAAACACCUGAGGUAGAAACACCUGAGGAAGAAAUACCUGGGGUAGAAACACCUGGGGUAGAAACACCUGGGGUAGAAACACCUGGGGUAGAAACACCUGAGGUAGAAACACCUGAGGUAGAAACACCUGGGGUAGAAACACCUGGGUAGAAACACCUGGGGUAGAAACACCUGGGGUAGAAACACCUGGGGUAGAAACACCUGGGUAGAAACACCUGGGGUAGAAACACCUGGGGUAGAAACACCUGGGGUAGAAACACCUGGGGUAGAAACACCUGGGUAGAAACACCUGGGUAGAAAACACCUGGGGUAUAAAAGGUAAAACACCUGGGUAAAAACACCUGAGAGGUAGAAACACCUGGGUAGAAACACCUGGGUAGAAACACCUGGGGUAGAAACACCUAGGGUAGAAACACCUGAGGUAGAAACACCUGGGGUAGAAACACCUGAGGUAGAAACACCUGAGGUAGAAACACCUGGGUAGAAACACCUGAGGUAGAAACACCUGGGUAGAAACACCUGAGGUAGAAACACCUGGGUAGAAACACCUGGGGUAGAAACACCUGAGGUAGAAACACCUGAGGUAGAAACACCUGAGGGUAGAAACACCUGAGGUAGAAACACCUGGGUAGAAACACCUGGGGUAGAAACACCUGGAGGUAGAAACACCUGGGGUAGAAUGAGGUAGAAACACCUGGGGUAGAAACACCUGGGUAGAAACACCUGAGGUAGAAACACCUGGGGUAGAAUGAGGUAGAAACACCUGGGUAGAACACUGAGGUAGAAACACCUGGGUAGAACACUGAGGUAGAAACACCUGGGUAGAAACACCUGGGUAGAAACACCUGAGGUAGAACACCUGAGUAAAACACCUGGGUAGAAACACCUGAGGUAGAACACACUGAGUAAACACUACUAGGAGUAAAGCACAGAACACUGAGGAGUCAGUAAACACCUGAGGUAAAACACAACCUAUAAGGAGUAAACACCUGAGGAUAAAACACCUGAGGUCAAGACACCUGGGUGAUAACACAGAGAACACACUGGGUAUAGAAACACCUGGGUAAGGAAAACACCUGAGUAAAGAACACCUGGGUAGAAACACUGAGGUAAAGAAACCACUGGGUAAAACCACAGACCUUAAGGAGUAGAAACACCUGGGUAACAAAACACCUGAGGUAACAAACACUGAGUCAAGGAGGUUCAUCACGCAAGACCACUAAGGAGUUCAUCACAGAAAAACCUCUAAGGAGUUCAUCACAGCACAGACACUAGGAGUAUCACAGCACAGACCUAUAAGGAGUUCACACAGCCGGACUACUAAGGAGGUCAUCACAGUACAGACCUACUAAGGAGUUCAUCACAGUCACAGACCUACUAAGGAGUUAAUCACAGCCACAGACCUACUAAGGAGUUCAUCACAGUCACAGACCUACUAAGGAGUUCAUCACAGUCACAGACCUACUAAGGAGUUCAUCACAGUCACAGACCUACUAAGGAGUUAAUCACAACCACAGACCUACUAAGGAGUUCAUCACAGCCACAGACCUACUAAGGAGUUCAUCACAGCACAGACCUACUAAGGAGUUCAUCACAGCCACAGACCUACUAAGGAGUUCAUCACAGCCACAGACCUACUAAGGAGUUCAUCACAGUCACAGACCUACUAAGGAGUUCAUCACAGUCACAGCACAGACCUACUAAGGAGUUAAUCACAGCCACAGACCUACUAAGGAGUUCAUCACAGCCACAGACCUACUAAGGAGUUCAUCACAGCCACAGACCUACUAAGGAGUUAAUCACAGCCACAGACCUACUAAGGAGUUCAUUGGAAGACAACGGACUAUAACUGUAGCAGUAUUGUGCAUCAUUUGUAAUAACAUGGAAAGCAAAAAUGUACUGUUAUCUUAGCAUUGACAUGUAUCUCCCACAACAACAAACAGAACAGGUGUCCAUUGUCUUCCUCUACUCUAGGUAAUUUAGGCCUGAGGACGUCGGAUCUGCUGCUGUGUCCAGGGGGUGGCUGUGGAACUGAUGAUGAAGGUAAUGUCAUGGCAACAAGCUUCUUCACAUUAGUCUGAUAAUGAAGGUGAUAUACUACAAUGCAGGAUCAAUGCCUUAGUCAUUUAUUUUCUGGUUCAUUAAGAAACCUAAACUCAGAGAUGUGUUUUUGGUUGUUCAGUCAAUUAGACAUGCCCAUUUCAAGCUUAUAAAAAUAUAUAUAUAUAUAUAUCUGACUCUCCUUUAUCCUGUUCUGUAGUAUAACCCUCCGGUGUCCUGGACUUCUGGAUAAGUUAAAGCUCAGCUCAUCACAACUAGACUAACUAGGCUGAUGUUGGUCUUCAGUGUUAAAGGCAGGCUUAGGGGUAAUGUUGGUCUUCAGUGUUAAAGGCAGGCUUAGGGGUAAUGUUGGUCUUCAGUGUUAAAGGCAGGCUUAGGGGUAAUGUUGGUCUUCAGUGUUAAAGGCAGGCUUAGGGGUAAUGUUGGUAUUCAGUGUUAAAGGCAGGUUUAGGGGUAAUGUUGGUAUUCAUGUUAAAGGCCGGCUAGGGGUAAUGUUGGUAAUUCAGUGUUAAAGGCAGGCUUAGGGGGAUGUUGGUCUUCAGUGUUAUAGGCAGGCUUAGGGGUAAUGUUGGUCUUCAUGUUUAAAGGCAGGCUUAGGGGUAAUGUUGGUAUUCAGUGUUAACGGCAGGCAUAGGGGUAAUGUUGGUCUUCAGUGUUAAAGGGCAGCAUAGGGUAAUGUUGGUCUUCAGUGUUAAAGCAGCUUAGGGGUAAUGUUGGUAUUCAGUUGUUAAAGGCAGGCUAGGGGUAAUGUUGGUAUUCAGUGUUAAAGGCAGGCUUAGGGUAAUGUUGGUAUUCAGUGUUAAAGGCAGGCUUAGGGUAAUGUUGGUCUUCAGUGUUAAAGGCAGGCUUAGGGGUAAUGUUGGUAUUCAGUGUUAAAGGCAGGCUUGAGGGGUAAUGUUGGUCUUCAGUGUUAAAGGCAGGCUUAGGCGUAAUGUUGGUCUUCAGUGUUAAAGGCAGGCUUAGGGGUAAUGUUGGUAUUCAGUAUUAAAGGCAGGCUUAGGGGUAAUGUUGGUCUUCAGUGUUAAAGGCAGGCUUGGGGGUAAUGUUGGUCUUCAGUGUUAAAGGCAGGCAUAGGGGGAAUGUUGGUCUUCAGUGUUAAAGGCAGGCUUGGGGUAAUGUUGGUCUUCAGUGUUAAAGGCAGGCUUAAGGGUAAUGUUGGUCUUCAGUGUUAAAGGCAGGCAUAGGGGUAAUGUUGGUCUUCAGUGUUAAAGGCAGGCUUAGGGGUAAUGUUGGUCUUCAGUGUUAAAGGCAGGCUUGGGGGUAAUGUUGGUCUUCAGUGUUAAAGGCAGGCAUAGGGGUAAUGUUGGUCUUCAGUGUUAAAGGCAGGCUUGGGGUAAUGUUGGUCUUCAGUGUUAAAGGCAGGCUUAGGGUAAUGUUGGUCUUCAGUGUUAAGGCAGUCUUCAGGGUAAUGUGGUCUUCAGUGUUAAAGGCAGGCAUAGGGGUAAUGUUGGUCUUCAGUGUUAAAGGCAGGCUUAGGGGUAAUGUUGGCCUUCAGUGUUAAAGUCUUGAUACAAGUGAAGCGACACCUCCUCUUACACAAAAUAAAAUGAGACAUUUGCUUCAAUAUCUCCAUGACAUAAAGCAUAAAGGCUAGCUGAGGUUCUAUAUCUUUGGGGGUCAGCUGAUCACUCUCUCCCUGACCUGGCUAACCUCUGACCCCUGAGGUUCUAUAUCUUUGGGGGUCAGCUGAUCACUCUCUCCCUGACCUGGCUAACCUCUGACCCCUGAGUUCAUAUCUUUGGGUCACUGAUAUCUCCUCCUGAUGGACUAACUCUGACCCUGAGUUCUAUGGUGACCCCCCCUGGUGGACCCCAGAUGACAGGAUGUCCCAGAUCUCGUCCAGGUCAGCAGCGUCCUGCUCCAUGGCCUCCCAGGUCCUGGACCGAGCCCAGAGGAGGAAGGACCACUUCUGGGGGAAGAGAUAACAGGAAGCACUGACCCC